AUGGCACCAGCCUCAGGUUCGCGCGCCGCUCCCUGUGCUGUCGACAUACAAUCGCCACCUGAUCUAGCAGCCCGUGCAUCUCAGCACCUACUGUCCUCUCCGGCGGAGGCUCGUCCAAAUGUCUCAACCCUGGCGGCUCAGCAGCUCCCUCGACCGACGUCUCCCAGCGACACGCCCAACGCUGCCGUCGCGGAAGGAACGCAGCCGGAAAUAAUCCCGAAUGGCCCUGGUUCGACCGGGUCCACGGAAAAUGCACCUGUCUCCAUCAUCGAAGCGGCUACAAAGAUCGCUCGCGACCAAACGGCAGCCCAUGAUGCCAAGCUGGCAGUCUUUCGGGCCUUUAGCGAAUCAUUCGAACAGACAGCCAAACAAUUCACGUCCGGCUCCCACAAUAGCAUCGCAAAGCAAGUUGCCACCAAGUUUCUGAACCUCUGGACUCAAUCGCUCGCCGACCUUGAGGAACCACCGAAACCUACGUACAGCAGCGUUCUCACAUCCGGCAAAACGACACAAGGACAGCUGGCCAUUACGGCCUCCGCCCCACCACAGCGAAAACAGCAAACCACCACUCGUCUCCAAGGACGACCGCCCGUGGCCCCACCCAAGGAAGACCUGCGUGUCUUUGUCCGACUUGACGUCGAUGCUCCGGCCCGAAACCAUGAAAGAUACGCUAUCCGGGCCCACAUCGCCGCUAGAGUCGGCAUCGACCUACGCCGCAUCCCGGCAGCCUUCCCGGUAAACACGGGUUGGGCCAUCCUGGCAUCGGAUGUGGCCACGCGCGAACUACUCGUGCAGCGACAGGCGGAUUGGGCCGUAGAUCUGGACGCGACGGCCGUAGAGAUUAGCCAGAAAUGGCAUUCGCCGCAGACACUUUCCUUGGAGUCAACGGCGCCGCGGGCAGCUGGAGGAGAUGGAAGCUCCGACAUGGGCGCCAUUUACGAGCCAGCCGCGCCGUCAACCCCAUGCAUCAUUGUGGCCACAACGCCGCCGCAUUCCUGUGACGCUACCCUAAUGCCUCGCUGUUUUCCACGCAAUCGAAGCGAUAGGAGGAUCUUGCGAAUCUUCCAAGCCAACGUAGGCAAGAUUCCGCCGGCACACGAUUGUGCCCUUGCGUUGGCCGACUCGGAACAAUACGACAUUAUUUUGUUGCAGGAGCCAUGGACAGGACUGAAAGACGGCCGAUGCCUCACUAAGACGCAUCAGGCCUACGACACCUUCUCACCCGUCAACGACUGGGACGGCCGCGACACUCGCCCGAGAGUCAUGACAUACGUCCGGCGUUCCGCAGGUCUCGUCGCUGAUCAAAAGAGACCUGCGGCGACUCGUGACAUCCUUUGGCUCACCGUCAACGGCAUAACAGUCGUCAACUUCUAUCGGCAGCCGUACCACGACGGAGCCCUUGAAAUCUUGCUUCAGUGGACCGUACCGGACAAGUGUCUUGUUGCUGGUGAUUUCAAUGCCAAACAUCCCAGCUGGCAGGCCGGUCGACGAGAGGACCGCGGCGAAGAAAUAGCGUUUUGGGCAAUGGACAAUCGACUCGGCUUACUGAAUCCUGUCGAUGUCCCGACCAACGCACACGGCAAUACGGUUGAUCUCGCCUUCUGCAACAUACCUCUGGCCGACGCUGUUGUCGAGGAUCAUCUAGCAACCGGCUCCGAUCAUUUUACCCUUAGUAUCACGCUGCCAGGACAAGUUCUGGCACCCCUUCCAAUAGGAAAGAUCCAUCUCAACUCCGACGAGGAAUUGAAGCGAUUCAUUGAGUUAGUGGAGGCCGGUGCCGCCUUCAUCCCGAUCACCACGGCAUCUCCUUCCGAGCUCGACAGCUUUGCGUCGGCGCUCGUGAACCUUCUUGGUUGUGCAGCCAGAGCUGCCGGUCGACCUGCCCGUAAGACUACGCAUGGUGCGCGGUGGUGGACUGAAGAAUGCGCAAAGGCGGCGGCCAAUUACCGCGCGUGGAGGAGAGUUCACUCUCUCGGCUUCGACCGAGAAGUACAGCUAGCCAAGAGGGAGCUCCAUAGCGUGCGCCUCCGUCUUCAGGGCGUCCGCUGGCUGAAGUCUCCAGGUCCGUUUCAAGCUCCUCCCCUGCAAAUUGACGACCGAGUGUAUGAGACGCAGCUGGAAAAGGCCACCGCCUUGCGACAAGCCACUCUGGAACGGCGCACGGCGAACGACGACAUCCCAGAUCCGUGGAUCUCCGUGAACACAGAUAGGACGAUACCCUUCACCGACCGAGUCUCUCCGGAGGAGACCCGCGACGCCACGCUACGCACCGGGAAUACGUCCCCUGGUUCCGACAAUAUUACGCCCUUCCGAGAAGCAGAAGUGGUCAUGAUUGCCAAGCCGGGGCGCAGGGAUCUCUACACCCCGCGCUUGGCGCCCCAUCUCCUUUUGUCCUGUCUCGGCAAGGGCCUCGAGCGGCUCAUCGCACGGCGUCUAGCGUGGGCCUCGGUCCAUUUCGGCGUACUACACCCACAACAAGCCGGCGCGCUCCCGAAGAGAUCGGCCGUGGAUCUCGUUGCUGCCUUGAUUCAUGACAUCGAGGAGGCAUUUGCCUGCAAGCAGGUUGCAACAUUGGUGACUUUGGACAUUCAGGGCGCCUUCGACACAGUCCUCCGCAACAGAUUGAUCCUUCGCCUACGGGAGCAAGGGUGGCCACCGAACCUCGCGCGAUGGGUCGGCUCGUUUAUGCAAGACAGGUCGGCACGCAUCCGCUAUCAAGAUAUCGCAACGAAUUCAUCGCCUCUCCAGUGCGGGCUGCCACAGGGAUCGCCAGUCUCGCCGAUCCUCUUCCUACUGUAUACGGAAUCAAUCUACCGCUUGGGCAGCUCAAAAGGGCGUUUCGGCUAUGCGGACGACACUGCUAUCCUUUGCGUCGGCGAUAGCCUGGAUGAGACGUCCGCCGAAGCAUCUCAUCAUGUGCAAGUGAUGCACUUCUCUCGAACGACGCCCAAGACGGCGCCGCCAGUGCUCCAUGGCGAAUUUGAGAAACGGCCGGGCCGGGCGAUGCGUUGGCUUGGCGUCUGGCUCGACAGCACUCUGUCUUUCAAGACUCAUGUCGAGAAAUGGACGGCCAAAGCGCAAGCAGUCGCCUUCCAUCUCAGGAGACUGACAAACACCAGGCAUGGUCCUCUACCGAGCGCUGUGCGACGAGCGGUCUGCGCUUGCGUCAUUCCAGUGCUGCUCUACGCGGCGGAGGUCUGGUAUCCUGGUUCUACGCGCCCGCGCUGGACCAAGCCGGGCAAGGAAGGACCGUCCAGGAUCGGACACCUCGUAAAGAAGAUGAGCAAGGCACUCUACACAUCUCUUCGGGCUAUCCUGCCAGUGUGGAGAACUACACCAACGAAUGUUCUGCACCGGGAGGCAGGGAUACCGCCGGUCCCUCUGCUGCUCGAGGCGCGCCGGACUGCAUUUGCUGCGCGUCUCAAACCCCUGGACGAAGCUCAUCCGCUGCGGCGCUCCGACGAAUUGCUACCAAGCUGCCCAAGGCCUGCCUUGCUGCAGCGCGGAUUUGUCGAAGAGCAGACUGCGCCUCUGCAGAGUGCAUCGAAAAAUGAGACGGCGAAGAAAUUUCGCGAUUGGCUCCAGGCACUAUCGCCCCGAACUCUGGUCGUCUAUUCCGACGGGUCCCGUUCUGCCGAAGGCCACGCCGGAUAUGGCUAUGUUGUUCAUCGGGACGGAUCCACCGUCUUGCGCGACAAGGGCCGUCUUGGGCCCGCCGAGGUUUUCGACGCUGAGGCGAAAGGUGCGUUGGAGGGGUUGAAGGCUGCGGUGAGCCUUCCAGAAACUGACCGCAUCUUUGUCUGCCUCGACAACCUCGCGACCGCAACAUGCUUACGGGGCACGCCGAGCGACUCCUCGCAAGAGGUCUUCCUUGAGUUCAAUCUUUGGCGCGAAAAUACGGAGCUGUGGAGGUCCAUUGGAUCCCCGGCCAUGCUGACAUCCCAGGCAACGAGGAGGCUGAUGCUCUGGCAAAGGCGGGAGCAUCACUGCCAGAACCCGCUGAUGGCGAACCGACGCUAG